UUAGAGCAAAUAAUCAUAUUAAAACAGGUCAUACAGUAUAACUCUAAAACAAAACUUACAGACACCCGAUUCAACAAAACCAAUUCCACGGCCCCCGGAGAACAAUCUUUGAAAUUGCAGUGUUCACUCUUCACAGCAGCGAACACAAAAAAAGAAAGAAGAAGAGAGAGAAAAGGAAGAGACAAUGAUGAAUCAACCAGGAAUGCAGAAGAACACACUCUAUGUUGGAGGAUUGGCAGAGGAAGUUAACGAAUCCAUUCUUCAUGCCGCAUUCAUCCCUUUUGGAGAAAUCAAAGAUGUCAAAACCCCACUUGAUCAAGCUACCCAGAAACACAGAUCCUUUGGUUUCGUUACUUUUUUGGAGAGAGAAGAUGCUUCUGCUGCCAUGGAUAACAUGGAUGGUGCUGAGCUUUAUGGUCGUGUUCUUACUGUUAAUUACGCUCUUCCUGAGAAGAUUAAGGGUGGUGAACAAGGAUGGGCUGCUCAACCUAUUUGGGCGGAUGCUGAUACAUGGUUUGAGAGACAGCAGAUGGAAGAAGAAAUGCAACGUCUCCAGGCUGAGCACAAAGCUUCAAUAGAAGCAGCUGAGGAAUUGCACAGAAAGAAAUUGGCCGAGGAUCGAGAAGGGGAAAAAGAGGAUGACCCCAUGGCUAAGGCUGAAGCAGAGGUCUUACAGCAGAAUCAGAGUUGAUAGUUCUCGACCUUCUUUUACUUGAAGAGAAAAAUAGAGGGAGUCCAGGGAGAGCUGUUUUGACAUCAUCAGACACACUUUUACUUGUGGUUUUGCUUCUAGAGAUCGCCUAGAUAGAUGUAUAAACAACGGCGUUAGUGAUAAAUGGAAGUGUUUUGCAAAGUGAUUUUCUUCUAGAGAUUGCUGGAUAGAUGUAUAAACAACGGCUUUAGUGAUGAAUGAAACUGUUUUGCACCUAUA